UUUAUUUGUGUCCUCAGAUCUCAGAAAACUAUUCGUAUAUUUCGUAGAAAUUUGUUUUUGCAGAAAACAACAAAGGAAGACUUGUGAGAAAAAGUAUAUACAAAUAGAAUUAAAAAUGUCCAACAACGAUGAAGUUAUUGCACAAUUUACCGAAAUAACCGGUGCCACAACCGAAUCUGCUAAAUUCUACUUGGAAAGCAGCAAUUGGGCAUUACAGGAUGCUUUGUCAAAUUAUUUGACAAAUGCUGCUGACGGUGAUGAUGUAAAUGAUGAGAUAGUAGUUCCCAACGACCAAGAUGACUCGAUGCCACCAACAAAUUCCAAUCGAACCGGGUUCUCGCAACUAUCUGAUGAAACUACUAGUUCUAAACCGAAUAAAAAGACUGGAAGUUCUCGAACUACCAGACCAAAAAUUGCAACACUCCAUAACAUGUCGCAGAACUCGUCCAGUGAUGAAGAGGGACAAGCUUUCUAUGCUGGUGGCUCGGAGCGUUCGGGUCAGCAGGUUCUUGGGCCACCUAAGCGUAAGAACUUCCGCGAAAAGCUCACCGAUAUGUUCCGUCAAGCCAAUGAACAUGCUCAUGAGCACCCUUCACCAUCAACUUCCUCGUCUGGUGCAAGCUGGGGAACUGGACUGCGCUUGGGACAGACGGAGGAUGACCAUGCAGUGGUUAAUGCCGGUGCAAAGAACGACAGCAGCAAAUCACAAUCUGUCGUUUUGAAGCUCUGGAGUCAGGGAUUCUCUAUUAACGACGGCGAAUUGAGGCUCUACGAAGAUCCUGAGAACAAGGAAUUCUUGGAAACUGUUAUGAGAGGUGAAAUUCCUUCUGAACUAAUUGAAAUGGGCAGUAUGGUAAGUGUUGAUGUUGAAGACCACCGACAGGAAGACUUUAAAAGAAAAGUAAAGAAAGUUCAGACCUUCAAGGGAUCCGGGCAAACUCUAGGAAGUCCAGCCCCAAAUGUAGUGGAAACAAAUGUCGUUGACACUCCCGAGGAUGGGUCUUCUAAUGAAGACAAUGAGAAAAAGGCUAAGGAACAACUUAAAGUAAAGACUGGCGAACCUGUCACCCAGUUGCAGAUUCGUUUAGCUGAUGGAUCGAGGAUUUCAUCUCAAUUCAAUCUCACACAUACCGUUGGUGAUAUUCGUCAGUUUAUUGAAACUGCUCGUCCACAAUAUGCUCAUCGAACUUUCAUUUUGGUGUCAUCAUUUCCAACUCGUGAAAUCGAUGAUGAUACUGCAACCAUUGAAAAGGCUGGUCUAAAAAAUGCCGCAAUUAUGCAGCGUUUCAAAUAAAGAUAGGACAGGACAUAAGUGUGCUGGUCGCAAAACAAAAAACAUUCAACUUAUUCUUAUUUAAUAACUUCACACAAUUGAACAUUUUAAUAAUUUAUUUAAUGUUGAAUAAUGUUUUAGUUUGUUUUGUUUUAUUUCUUUUCUAAUGGUUAAAAUAUCUGCUAGUGCUUUUUUUAUAUAUACAACAUAAAUAAACAUUAAAAAUACGGUACAUUUGAUACGAAUGGUGGCAUAGAGCAUGAAAAAGUCACACAAUGAGCAAAACAAAAAAACAACUAUGCGAAGAUAAGUUUAACUGUAUUCAAAAAUAAAUAAAGAUUAUGUGAAGGUUAAGAAAAUA